UCACGAAGACACCUAGCCACCAUGCCUGUAGAAGACAACGACUCCCAAGUUGUGCUCACCCACCCAGAAGAUAAUUCCACCACCGUCACUAUUCUUAAGUAUGGUGCCAACGUACUCUCGUGGAAGAACAAAGGAAAAGAACAACUCUGGCUCAGUGAAGGUGCCAAGGUUGAUGGUUCUAAACCCGUCAGAGGAGGUAUCCCAUUAGUCUUCCCGGUAUUUGGCAAACAGAAAGAUGCAAACCAUCCCACUUUCCCUCUUCCUCAGCACGGAUUCGCCAGAUCUUCGGAAUGGGAAUUCUUGGGCCAGACUUCUGCGAAUCCUCCUACAGUGCAAUUUGCCUUAAGCCCAGAACAGGUGCUGUCUGAAGCACUCAAGUUGUGGGGAAACGGCGACUACGACUUCACGCUUAUCCUUACUGUCUCCUUGGAGUUGGACAAACUCACCACUGAGAUCGAAGUGGAAAACGCGGGUGAAAAAGAGUUUGAGUUCAACUGGCUCUUCCACACUUACUUCAGAGUUCCAGAUAUCACAGACACCUUGGUCAACAACUUGAUCGACCAGAAAUGCUUUGACCAGCUUUUGGCCGAGGAAUACGUGGAAAAGUCGCCUAUCAUCAGUUUCCACGAGGAAUUCGACAGAAUUUAUAAGAAAGUUGAUUAUGGCAAAACUUUCCAGAUCAUCGAGUUUGGUAAAGUUUUGAUCAAUGUAGUCCGUAAGAAUUUACCUGAUGCUGUAGUCUGGAACCCUUGGAUCAAGAAAUCAGAUGGAAUGGCUGACUUCUUGCCUAAAAACGGUUACUUGAACAUGCUCUGUGUAGAACCAGGUAACGUUUCAGAUUUUGUCAAGUUGCAAAAGGGUGAAAAGUGGACUGGUGCCCAGAUCUUGACAGUGGGGGGUGAGAUCAAAGUCCAGUCAAAUAUCUACUAAGACAAAGAGAUUAUAGACUUAUUCAGAAGAAUACUAAUUGACUAUUGAGUAUAGAUAAAGCAAUAGUAGCU